CAGUAUUACAGUAGUUUAGCACGCGCAUUUACGCUCGGUGCUGAGACCAAAUCCGCGCUCGCGAACGAAAUCCAUUUACUCUCCAGUAGUAGCGAGGCCCCUAGUCGAGUCGCUCUGCUCCGUUAAUCUAACAAUCCGCUCGGUUAAAGCCCCGGACAGACGUCAAACCGUGCAGAGAGCGGCGGCGGUCCCUCGGUGAGACUCAGUGACAGUGCAGGAGCGGUUCGGAGAGGAAGAAUGGCGGAUUCAAGCGGCACCGCAGCGGUCGGGGCCGCAGGCUCCAACAGCGCUGCUGCCGGGGCGGCUUGCACGGUGGCCCAUGAUGUAGCGCCCGCACCUGCGGGACCCAAGCCCGGGUGCGAGUCCGUGAAGGGCCAGAUGUUUGAUGUGGGCCCCCGCUACACGAACCUGUCUUACAUCGGGGAGGGGGCUUACGGAAUGGUUUGCUCUGCUGUGGACAACGUGACAAGCCAGCGCGUAGCCAUCAAGAAAAUCAGCCCAUUUGAGCACCAGACAUACUGCCAGCGCACGCUGAGGGAAAUCAAGAUCCUGCUGCGUUUCCACCAUGAGAAUAUCAUCGGCAUCAACGACAUUCUCAGGGCACGGCACAUUGACAACAUGAGGGAUGUCUACAUUGUGCAGACUCUGAUGGAGACGGACUUGUACAAGCUGCUGAAGAGCCAGAAGCUGAGCAAUGACCACGUCUGCUAUUUCCUCUACCAGAUCCUGCGAGGCCUCAAGUACAUUCACUCAGCCAACGUGUUGCACCGUGACCUCAAGCCCUCCAACCUGCUCAUCAACACCACCUGCGACCUCAAGAUCUGUGACUUUGGCCUGGCGCGGAUAGCCGACCCUGAGCACGACCACACAGGUUUCCUGACCGAGUACGUGGCUACGCGUUGGUACAGGGCUCCAGAAAUCAUGCUCAACUCAAAGGGCUACUCCAAGUCCAUUGACAUCUGGUCAGUGGGCUGCAUCCUGGCCGAGAUGUUGUCCAACAGGCCUAUCUUCCCUGGGAAACACUACUUGGACCAGCUCAACCACAUACUGAGCGUCCUUGGUUCUCCAUCUCAAGAAGAUCUAAACUGCAUUAUCAACAUGAAGGCGAGGAACUACCUGCAGGCCCUACCUGAAAAGCCCAAAGUCCCAUUUGAAAAGCUGUACGUCAAGGCGGACUCAAAAGCUCUGGACCUGCUGAGCCGCAUGUUGACCUUUAACCCCAUCAAGCGCAUAAGCGUCGAGGAGGCCCUGGCUCAUCCUUACCUGGAGCAGUACUACGAUCCCACAGAUGAGCCAGUAGCAGAAGAGCCCUUCACUUUCUCCAUGGAACUGGAUGACCUUCCCAAGGAGAAGCUGAAGGAAUUGAUCUAUGAGGAAACUGCUCGUUUCCAGGAAACCUACCAGGGCUCCUGAGACACACAGCUUCAAAGAGUGACAAAGCCUCACAGAGGCUGGAACAAGAAGAACCCAAACGACAUGCUAAAACAAAAGAAAAAUGCAUCUUCAAGAAACCAACAAAAAGAGAAAACAAGAAAUAUGAACAUUUAACUGCUUAUCUUUCCAUUUCUACUGCAAGAGAGCUAUGUUUAACUUUGUUUUCUGUGGUUGGGUGGGGUGGUAGGGUCUGGCAUACUGUUUCAGUUUUAUCCAUGUUGGACUCUUCCCUCCUCUCACCUCACAUUUGUUUUUCACGUUUAAUGUCCCUUCUCGUCCUGAUCAAACCCUUUUUUUUUUUUUUUUCUCCUCUCAUGCAUCUGUUGCUGAUCUGUGUGAGCUCUCCUGUCUCUCCUCUCUGUCGCUCCCUCUCAUGUACUACUGUAUUAACCAACACCAUAACUCUCUUGUCUUGCUCCAUGUAAAUUACAUCUGGGAAAAAAAUCGAGGGCUAAAAGAACGGGAAUGCUAAUCGGGUGAUAAAUAUAUAGCUUCGUUUUUUCUCUUUAUUUUAUUUUUUUUUUAAGUGUGCUUGUCGCGGUUUUUGUUUGUACACUGUUGUUCAAGUGUUUUCAGAUCAGUUCAGAGUCAUAUGUGUAUGUUUUGGGGUUUAUAUUUGAAAGUCUUAAUUUUUUUUUUUUCUGAACACUUGAUUUUGAGACAAACAUUCAGUGUUUUUCUGGCUUGUUGGCGGGUUUAUAGAUUUCUUUGUUGACGCUCUUUCUUUUUCUAAAAAAAAAACAAAAAAAAACUGUGUAUGAUGUUCAUAUGAAUGCAUGCAUUCCUGAAAUUAACCAAAGUGGCAGAGAGAUGCAAGAAACCUGGCUGGAGAGCAACUAAGGAAUAUCUGUCGUAGUUUUGAAUUGUACCUUAAAUGCAUUUCUUGACCUGUAACUCGUACCAAGGGCAAACAAACUGAACUCUCCCUUCAUUGGCGGAAAGUUGGGUUAUAAUCAGGAGGCGCUAUAUAACUGAAUCAAAAGGCAUAAAAUAUAGUUUAUAUAAUUGUGUGUUCAUUCAGUGAUACCUAAGCCCCAUUUUCCAGAAGAUUCACGAUACUCUGAAGAGUUGGAGGCUUAAUGUAAGUUUUCUAGUGGAAGAUGUUCUGCCAGAAUACUGAUGUGAGAGACUGGUGUAAUGUUACUGUAUCGUCAUUUGGCUCCAAAACAUCCUUUUUCAAUGAAACACAACCAACACCAAUAUCUGAUCCAGUGUCAGUUACAUUCCUAUAUUAAUUACAUUCUCCUCUUGAUUUAAAAAAAACACAGAAUUCUCCAUUUCCAGAGCGAAGUCUGGGAACGCAUAAAAUAUUCUGGAAAAUGGGGCCUGGUUGACGUCAGCCUUUCCAUCCCACCGUGCUGUUUUUUUUGUACUGCGUUCUUAUGUGCUACAGUUUGACGACUGUAUGGAGUCAAACGUGUAAGCAGGCUGGGGCCUAACUGACAGCGACGGGCCAUAUCUAAACAGUGCAGUCUGAAGUAGAGCGAGUGCACAUUCCAACAAGCAUCUUCAGAUUACUAUUAUUUAUAUAUAUAUAUAUAUAUAUAUAUUUUAUAUAUAUAUUUAAUUUUUUUUUUUUUUUUUUUGGCUCAUUGAUGUGGGUGUUGAUUGUAAAUGGCCUGAAUUUGAAUUUGGCCUGAGUCCGUCACUGCAGCUUAGUGUUCACCAGCUGUAAACUUUACCAGAACAGCACCUCUUUUACAACUUCUGUUGAUAAAUGCAGCAUUCACUUCAUGUAGGAUGGACGAUGUAAAAUUUUAGGCCUGCACGUGCACAAUAUAACACCAUUUCCGUUCAAUUUAGGUUGACUUACACUGAACGACAGCCUUUGGCUGAUGUGAGGUGUUCAUGUUUGGUUUUCAGGUACUUCCAUGUUAGUAAAUCAGAUUAUAUGACGUGAAUGCAGCGAAAUCAACAUUAUAGUCAAACCCAGGAUUGGUAGAGUGCUGUUUGCACCCCUCUGCCCGUUUACUUUUUGAACCCAUCAUCCCUUUCUGUGUAUUGUCCCCGCUACCUGUUAACAUGCUGGAUGUUUUUUCUUCAAUGUUGGUGAUUUAGUGCUGCAGUGGCGCUCGUUCUCCAUUUCGCAAGAGUUUCUCCUUGGAGUGUGUGCAUGUGUAUAAUUUCCAUGUUCAUUGCUCCUGUCAUUUGUCAGUGUUUGCUCCCUCCUCCUUUAUUGUGGAUGUGACUGUACUAAUUGCUGCAUGGUGUGGAGCACCACCCCACGGGUCCAGCUCAGUCACCAGCUGAGUCUGCACUAAUUUUUGCCUGUUGCACUGGGACCAGUAGAGAAGCCCCCACCCUUACCCCUGCAAAAUGGACCAACACAUGGCGCGCUCUCUCACUCACUCUCUCUCUCUUACACACACACACAGGGCAGGCCUGUGAUGCUAAUAGACCCAGAUCUGGAGCGCUCACUGGCCUUGCCCUCUCGUCAGCAAAAUCAUUGAUUGUUUCUUUGCGUCUCGGGCUCGAGCCGCGUCAUAGGCUGUUUUCUCAGAAGCCAUAGCCAGCACUCUGGGAUCAGUGUGAGGCUUUUUGGUGCAUGUGGUGAUAGUCAUCAUGUUGUUCAGCCUCCCAACUCUCACCACGCUUUACUCAAAAGGGCUGCCUCCCCUCCUCCCCCCUGUCUGCUUCUCCACACUGGGAUCGGUGAAGGCCUUCUAACCCAUAUCAGUGACUUUGCUGCCACUUUCCUCCUCAGAAAAUCAUCGCCCCUGUCUGACAUGGAACAUAGAUCAUGGAUGGUCACACAAGCAGGAAACUCGCCCCAAUCAUAUAACUCAAUCCGCACGCCUGCACUUUCUUUCCAACCACGCUCUUUGUCCCCAUUGAGGUUGUUAUUUUGGUUGGUCUCUCCCUCCCUGUCUUGUAUCCUCCUCGUUCAGCUUUAAGUUCCAUCUGCUGUGUGUGGUAAGGCUCAUGGAUUGUCUGCAGUAAUUUAUGUCAGUGUACAAGUGUUAGUGUAUCUGCUUAUCAGUAACAUAAAGCCAAGACUCUUUUUGUCCUGUAUGUGUGUGUGUGUGUUUGGGAAGUGUUUCCUCACAGCUUGGGCCCUCUCCCUGCAGUCACCUGUGCUUUUACAUCUGUGAGAUGUUUUCUUUUUUCCUUUUUGACCAACAAAAAAAAAAAGAUUUUGUACGUAUUUGAUAUGUGUAUUUGGUCAGCAGUCGGCCCGGCCCGGCUUGCCUGUCUUUUCUCCGACCUGCCCCCAGACCAAACAUCUCACUGGGUAACCAUGGGAAUGAACCAAGAGGACCAUGUUUUGCAAUCCUCCUGACACACUCGCACACACACUUCCUCUCUCUUUCUGAGGAGUGUAUCUGUGUGUUUGUGAAAAGUUGCACUUAAACACACCAUACACAUUCAUUCACACAGUAUUGGCGAGUCUAAAGGCCUGUCAAGAGGCCUGUUUUCAGAUAUUGUUGUUUUUUAAAUGGCUGUUCUUAUUAUUGCUAUUGUUAUAUUGGUGAGUUGUUGUAUUUUCUUUCUUCUUUUUUUCUUUUUUUUUUUUACGUAAAAGGGAGUUAAAGUUGUAUCAUUUUUUUAAUUAUUAGGAUGUUUUUUAUUUUAUUUUUUUUCUUCCUUAUUUCUCUUUAUGGGCGUGAUUAUUGGCAGUGUUUUCAAUCUUUCUGAAACUUUUUUUUUUUCUUUUGAUUUCCCCUGCAAGAUCUUAUAAGGAAUUCUUUUAAAAGAAGAUAUAAGUAGAUUGUCAAAGAGAUAUGAGUUAUUGAGGGUUAUAGUCUGUAUAUUCUAUGGGUAUUAUGAAUUAAACGAUUAACAAAAUACAGAAUUAUAUACAUAUAAUUAAAUAAAAUUUCCUGAUACUGUUA